AUAACAGAUUAUUUAUGCGUAAAAAAUCAUUUCACAUUCUGGCAAAAACAUCUCGGUUUCCUUUAAAGGCGCGUCCUCAACUUCCGUUCAAACCGAAAAUCCCUUUAAGAAGAACCACAACAACUCACAGCUGACAGCAAGAUGGCGACUCUGUGCUCGGAUAAGACGGACAGUCUGGACUCUAGCGGCUCCGGGGACCAAAUUAAAGCUGUUUUACGGCGUUGCAGGGGUCGACCCCGACUAUCGGACUCAGACAGGGCUCAGAGGAGACUCGAGUCGCGAAAGAAGUACGACGUCCGGCGGGUUUAUCUCGGAGAGUCGCACAAAAUUUGGAGUGAGCUACGCCGGAGGACCAGCCUGAGCGACGCCGGACUGGCCGAGUAUUUAAUCCUGUUGAACUCGGCGUACGGAGAGAGAUACCAGCAGAAAUACGGCGCGUACGUGGACCGUCACCUAUACAUUUUAAGUGUCAGCAAAAGGAAGAAGACGGCUCCAGAACUGUGCAGAAACCAGAAAAAAGGGAAAAAGGUGGCUGUCACCAGUUUGCACAGCUUAGUGAGCUGGUACCAGGAGCACUGCCAGACAUGUCCUCAUGAGCCUGAACUUCGGGCAGUGGAGCCAACGCUGGGUCUGUCCACCUCUGUGCUGUGGCAGUGUGAUGCUGAACAUUCUUUUGUACAACACAUCUCAUGGGCUGCAGGAGGUGCUAGUGAGUCUGAGGACGAGGACGACGCUAGGGAGGAGCCAGAAGAAAAAAGGGCUGUUGAGACUGCUGCAGCUGCUGGUGGCCUCAGUACCAGGGCUGCUCAAAGAGUGCUAAACCAAAGCCAACUGUCAGAUGCACCAGACGAGUUGGAGAGUGCCACAGCACAAGUGUCAGAAGUGGCCCAUCAGAUGUGCUCCACAACUCUUAGUCAGCUCCCAGGAGCUCCUGUAGCUGACCGGCUCUCCAUCACGUCUUCUCAGUCACUGGUGAACCAGGCCACCUGGGAGGUGGGCGUAGGACCAGAGGGGGAGCCAACCGUGCCUGAGUCUGAACACAUAGCUUCAGACCAGGAUCUGGCAACAGAAAGAUUUCCUACAGAGGCAGCCGACCUGAAGGCCGAAAGUGCAGGAAGGGGCAGGGCCGUGACGGAGGAUUACGAGUGUGUGGUGGUCACAGCAUCUUUAAUGGACAGCCUGGAGGGAUCAGACGGGGACAGUCAUGUCAGAGGAGGUGUGGAGGAAGGCGGUGCCCACACACUUUCAGAAAGCGCAGGUCACACACCAAUGGCAGCUGCUCCAGUGCAGGGGGAGUUGUUCGAGACCCAGGCGCUUCAGAGUGUGGUGGGCAGCUGUGAGUUGCCAGACCAGCGGGCCACAUUGGAAGGAUCUCAGCUUAUCAUAAUCACAGGUCCCAGUUAUGAAGCUCUAACAUCUGAAGGCAUUCAGCUCAACAUGGGCAGUGGGAAUGUGGAGGAAGUCACCUGCACAGUGAUUGAUGGCGUGGCCUAUAACCAGAUGUGCCAAUCAGGAGCAGUGCUCCGAAGCAGCAUACCAGAGACUGAUAACAUCACAGAUUUGAAUGAAAAGCAGCUUUUGGAGCCCAGUGAGGAAUCACACACACAGAAAGAUUUGCAGCGCUCCCCCAACAGAUCUUCUAAGAGAAGUCGGCGGGGCCCAGUCAUUGAGGCGGACGGCAUGCUGAAGAUGUUUCACUGCCCAUACGAGGGAUGCAGUCAGGUGUAUGUGGCCAUCAGCAGCUUCCAGAAUCAUGUGAACCUGGUGCACAGGAAAGGCAGGACAAAAGUAUGCCCACAUCCAGGCUGUGGGAAGAAGUUCUACCUCUCUAACCACCUACAUCGCCAUAUGAUCAUCCACUCAGGAGUGCGAGACUUUAUAUGUGAGACAUGUGGCAAGUCCUUCAAACGCAAGAACCAUUUAGAGGUGCACAGGCGAACUCACACAGGCGAAACGCCGUUACAGUGUGAAAUCUGUGGCUACCAGUGUCGGCAGCGGGCCUCCCUCAACUGGCACAUGAAGAAACAUACACCCGAGGCUCACUACAACUUCACCUGUGAACACUGUGGAAAGCGCUUUGAAAAGCUUGACAGUGUCAAGUUCCACAAACUCAAAAGCCACCCAGACAAACAGACUACCUGAAAGGAAAGGCAAGACCGAUGGAUUUAGAAAAGGGCUUCUGCCGGUACCAGUUUUAACCAUCAACCAGCAUGGUUGAUGGUCAAAGUCUCCUGUUGGUGCACUUAGUUUUGUGUGGUAAAAGUUUAAACAUGCUGAUGACUAUUUAUCAAGCUUAAAUAUUGGCUUGAAAAGGAAAUUGUUGCACAGAAUGACUGUGCAAGAGAAGAAGGUGGAAUUAAGCAGGUCAGGAACGAGGAAAGCAAGAAAGGAAAAGACCCAAAAACCAGCAAGUAUGGGUCAAAAGAGCUUAAUGAGUGAGAUUUUAACCAAUGAAUUUGUUUCCUUGUCGUACGGAUGUGUUGUCCAUUUGCUGUGCUGGACACAGUUUCCAUGGUUGAAAGUUCCGCCCUGCCCAGCAUGGGGUAUUGUUUUCAUGUCUUUUUCGUAUCAUCAUCUACGUUGUGUUUUGUCCCACUCUGUGGCCCAUUAUGUGGCCCUUCAGUGUUGAUUGAAAGGCACAUCCCCAGAAAACCUCUCAAGAUGGUGGUUGGAGACUGCUAUCCCCAAGCUGCUAUAUUUAAAACCUAUCACAGGAAUCCUAGAUACAGAGCACUAUGUAAGUAACUGGAAAGUGGCCUUUUUUAUCACUUUGGCUCUGUAUGUCAGUGUGUUGGAUUUUAUUGAGAUGAUGACUAAAUUUAAAGUGCAGAGUAUGUCAGCUGUAAUUCAAGAGUGCUAGCAUCUGUAUUGGGUGUACUAUUUUAUACUUAUGGGCUUAAGUAAUAGGCCAUUCUUGUUUUGUCACUAGCUGUGUGUCAUAUCAUUACCUCCUCCACAUCAGGACUAACAGGUGUAUGGAACUGUUUCUAGAUCUGGAGCCUGUUUGUAUUGGCUUUCAACUGGCUGUAGAAAAGCGGUAAAGGAGACUGAAAAAAAAAUCAUACUAAAUUAGUCAAACGCAGAGCCAAAAUAUUGUUUUAAAAUCAGCUCCAACCUACAAAGACACCACACUGGUGAGAAACAUGUUAAAUUGUCCAACUUUUUAUGGACCCCUCGGAAAUGGUCCUCUUGGGUAUUUACUAUGGUAUUCACUCACCAUAGUGCUGUUUUCAAAACGGUUCAUUAUACACUAGAUAGCAUUUGAACUGACUGGAGAAAGACCAUGGAACAACCAUAAGUUUUAUCAUUGAGAAUUCAGAAAAUGCUGCUACAUGGCUGACACACUAUAUAGUGCAAUGUUUCUCCAAUGGGGACCCGCUUCAAAGAGUUUAAAUGUAAAUAAGCUCAUUUUAACGCUGACGUUCUGCACUUUAACUUUUAAAACAAAAUGAUUACUCACAAAAUUAAAUAUGCUGGAGUAAACAACAUACCAAAGCAAAAGUUAUAGCUGUCCACAUACUUAUGACUUUUGUUGACUUGCUGCCUGUUUCAACACUAUUUUUAACAAGCCCUCACCAACUCGGCCUCACCAUUUUCUCUUUGAGAGAGAUCCCUGACGCCACCUUAAGGGCCGUUCCACUUCAGCCCAAGUGGAGUUUCAGAUGGGCCCAGCCUGUCAUUCUGAUUCAACUUUCUUGCUCUGCUGGCUUUCUAUUUAGCUAGCUAAAGGUUUCACAGCUAGCAACAACAAACAAUAAAGGUCAUAUACUAGUUUUGAAGCAAACAUCACCAAGCAAAGCGGUUUUUUACACAGUGUAUGUACAUUAUGUUCAGACUUCUCAAAAAAAAAAUUCUCAAACUUUUUUUUUCUUUUAAAAACUGCAUUAUAAAGUUUGAAUGGCCUGAUAAUUAGCUCACUCUGGCUAACCUAGCCUAGGCAAGGUCCUUCUAAGAUGGUCUGUCCACUUGCUGGCCAUUUAGGCAAUGCCCCAAGCAGCAAAGUCCAGUCAUACAGAACCAGAAGCUGCAUUAUAGACACAUCUUAACUCUGAAAUCUUAUCUGUUUAGUUGUCAUGACAACUUUAGACUGAAGUUAGGACAGCAGCUAUUAUGUAACAACAGUUCUUAAAUUCUUAAUCUUACUUAAUCCUAACUCCAAGUGAGAAAGCAGUCUUACACAAACAUCCUAACUAGGCAGAAUUUCCUUAAUUCUUAAUUCUAUCCUAACUUUAAAACAACCCCAGAGCUGUCUUAACUUUUAUUUUAACCAUCCGUUUCUGUCAUUUUUAGGCAAAUGUUUACUAUAAUUAGCAUAACGACAUUACAUUUAUUUACAUUGCAAAAUGGUGCUUGUGAGAUGUUUUGUUUUCUAUUUCUGCCUUUAGAAAAUCUCAGACACAAUCUCCGCCAUCCGCUCUUAUUACCUUCUUACGUUCAUGUUGAUGAAGCCUUGUCAGAUAAAACAUCACGGUGAUGGUGGUAAAUAAUGAGGAGACAGAGCUGAACCUGUGUUUGUUUAUUAGCAGGAAUAGCGUUAACAUGGUUGGCUAAAGUAUCUGAGAAAUGGAAACUGAAACUGGGGUGGUGGUGCUAUGAUAAACAGCAGGGGGAGCCCUUGCAGUGUUCUUAAUCUCUAGUUCAUUGCACUUUAGUUUUGUCCUUUUUUUUUUUUUUUUUUUUUUUU